AUGGCAGGGUGCUCGGUCCCCAAGCUCCCCAUGCUGGUCCUGUUCCUCCUGCUAUUUCUGGAGCUCCACGUGGCGGGCACCCUUGCAUCUGGGUCCUCUGCCAGGAACCUGCCCGAACCUCACCCUCACCUCCCCAGCUCUGCCCGGUGGGUGCCUCAUAGCCGACGGGGCCUGGGUAGGAAGGACAGGGGCUCAGGCAUGCCAGGCCGGGCCCAGGAGGGGUCUGUGGUCACCACCCCCAGGCAGGCUUCCCGGAUGACACUUGGACAGCACCCUGCCGGCCUUCUUCAGGACAAGGAGCAGCUUCUGGGGCUGGCAUUGCCCUACCCAGAGAAGGAGCCCCGACCUCCCGGGUGGGAGAGGGUGAAGAAACGUGGCAGAGAACACAAGAGACGCAGGGACCGGCUGCGGCCGCACCGAGGCCGAGCCGCCAUUCGCGGCCCCAGCUCCCUGAUGAAGAAGGCGGACCGCUCUGAAGACCUGAUGCUGGAGGCUGUCACCGAGGAGUCUUCCACCAGCCUGGCCCCCAGCAUGCUCUUCCUAACCUCGGUGGAUGCUGUCAGUCCUAGCACGGAAGAGUCCCGGAUCCUGCCUGUCACCUCCCCGUCUCCUCGUCUUCUGCAGAUACAGCCCAGGUCUGAUGGAGAAGUGAUGCCCACGCUGGACAUGGCCUUAUUUGACUGGACAGAUUAUGAGGACCUAAAGCCAGAGGUCUGGCCCUCUGCAAAGAAGAAAGAGAAACACUGGAGUCACUUUACCAGUGACGGCAAUGAGACCUCACCAGCUGAGGGGGAACCAUGUGACCAUCACCAGGAUUGCCUGCCAGGAACUUGCUGUGACCUCCGGGAACAUGUCUGCACGCCCCACAACCGCGGCCUCAACAACAAAUGUUUUGAUGACUGUAUGUGCAUGGAAGGGCUGCGUUGCUAUGCCAAAUUCCACCGAAACCGCAGGGUCACUCGGAGGAAGGGUCGCUGCGUGGAACCUGAGACAGCCAACGGGGACCAGGGAUCCUUCAUCAACGUCUAG